AUCCUGCCAGCUGCGUCUCAACCAAAAAGAGACAGUAAAAAGCUACUAGAACCCUUGCAUCAGCACCGGUCAGGAAACUACCUUAGAUAAUAAGGUGGCUGGUCAAUGAAUGGCAUGGUUGAAGAACUAAACCGGUGAACGACCGUGUAAUUGCAUUACUGUGCUGAGGACGCUCCCAGUCUAUUGCCUGCAAACUCUGAGAGUUUGCAGCAAGCUGAAGUGGUAGGUAGUCCAAGCCAUGUCGUGGUUGUGGCCCCUGCUCCCUGCCCUGGUGCUCUUUUCUGUGUUGUCUGUGGUCCGAGUACAGACUGCACCAUGCCAGACCUGCCGCAAGCUCACUGACAGCUUCAUCAAGGGACUGGAGAAAACAUCCAAUAAGAAUUUUGGGGGUGGCAACACUGCUUGGGAGGAGGAAAAGCUGGCUAAAUAUGCUCGCAGUGAAACCAGGUUGCUGGAGAUAGUGGAGGCAGCGUGUGAGAAAUCAGACUUUGACUGUAACAAACUGCUGGAGCAGAUAGAGGACCAAGUGGAGACAUGGUGGUUCCACCGACAACAAGAGGCUCCAGACCUAUUUGAGUGGUUGUGUAUAGAAGAGCUCCCACUCUGCUGUCCCCCGGGACGUUUUGGACCAGACUGCAAAGAGUGUCUGUCCGGUCCUGGAGGUGUGUGUGGUGGUCUGGGUCGCUGUGAGGGAGAGGGCACGCGUCUGGGAGAUGGAGAGUGCGUGUGUGACCCGGGGUACUUCGGUCAGCUGUGUCAGAGCUGUGCAGACGGCUACUACAGAGAGAAGAGCUCCAAUCACAGCACACCAGCCUGCGCAGCAUGCUACCACUCCUGUAAAAAGUGCUCAGGGCCAGAGAACUACAAAUGUCUGGAAUGCAAACCUGGGUGGCUCUUCCAUGACAACAAGUGUGUUGACACUGAUGAGUGUGGCACAGAGCUGGCUCGAUGUCCCUCCAACACCUAUUGCCACAACACAGAUGGAUCGUACGAGUGCAGAGGCUGUGACCAGGCAUGUGUGGGCUGUAUGGGCAGUGGUCCAGCCCGCUGUAAGAAAUGUGCUCGGGGAUACAAGCUCAGAGGAGCCAAAUGUCUCGAUGUGGAUGAGUGUAGUGAGCGGGCGAUAGCAUGUCCAGGGCUGAAUGAGGCGUGUUUCAAUGACGAGGGGUCCUUCCGCUGUGAAUGUGCUGACGGCUUCAUCCGUAGAGACAGCAUCUGUGUGGAGAACCAGCCGCUGAGUGGUCCAGAGAAGGGUCUGUUUGAUGACAUGACUGAUGACGAGGUCCUGGUCCUGCAGCAGAUGUUCUUUGGCGUGGUCAUCUGUGCCCUAGCAACGCUCGCCGCCAAGGGCGACAUGGUCUUCACCGCCAUCUUCAUCGGAGGCGUGGCCGCCAUGGCCGGAUACUGGCUGUCAGAGAAGGGCGACCGCAUGCUGGACGGCUUCCUAAAGGGACGCUAGCCUAUCAGGAGCCAGGGAUAGAGGAAAGAGGAAGGAACUCUUGAAUGCAAGCCAAUGAGGGCGACAAAAACUCAGAGGGGGUGGGACGGCUACAGGAAUGCUAGCCAAUCAGGGAUGUACUGUACUACUUU